AUGCCCACAAGAGGAGGAGGACUUUGGGUCUUCCAGAACCAGUACGACUUUCUCACUGGUUAUCUAUGCGACCCUGAGUUCUACCUUGUUCUCGGCAUCGCAGUAAGUGCAUAUAUGGUCUGGAUCUCGGACUUCAAUCGUCGUCGUCAGAUACGCGUUAACGAAGCACUCACUCCAAAGGUCAAAAAGACAAAAUUGUUCUUUCUGACUGCUUUCACGGUCUUCGGUCUUAUAUUCCUUCAUGGAAGAUCGUUUCCUGAUAAGAAUGCCGUGAUGAACUGCCAGGUUGAUGGUACAGAUGGGUGCAGUGAGAUGGCAACUGGUAAGGUCUGGUUAGGAAGGGUGGACUCUGGGGAUGUCUAUGCUAUCAAAGGAGUUGAAGCAGACAGACGUGACUUUGACUGCUAG